AUGGUUCGGGAAAUUGAAUCAUUUUUUCAUUUCUUAAGAAGCGAGCGGCAGAUUUCGUUGGGAGAGCGACUGCCGGCCCUUAAUGAGUCCGUUUUCGGUUGGGUCGUAUGUGGAGGAGCAGCGUUUUCCAACCAAUCGGUCGGAGUUACCGAAAACUAUUCGCCGCAAGAAGCACGUUGUGAGGAGCACUUCGUUCGAACGGUCCGACGUGGAGAGGACGGCCGUUAUACAGUUUCGUGUCCGAAGGAUGAAGACGUGUUGAAUCAAAUUGGCGAGUCAAGGGGCAUCGCAGCUCGUUGUCUUCAAAGCACGCAGCGCAGGUUAUCGAAGGAUGCUGAGCUCCGUGGCCAAUACUGCUUUUUAAUGGAGGAGUAUCUUCAACUCGGUCACAUGACAAAGAUUACGCAAAUUCAACCGAAACGCUGUUAUCUACCACACCAUCCGGUAAUUAAGGAAGCCAGUACCACUACCAAGGUUCGAGUUGUGAUCAACGUUUCAAGCACUGCUAGUGGGACCCAUCAUACAAGACGAUUUCGAUCGAUCAUCAUGCGGAGUCGGACGAAACAAGUGAUGCUUGUGACGGACGUCGAGAAAAUGUUUCGACAAGUCCUGGUUUGUGAGGAAGACAGUCCCUUGCAAUCCAUCUUGUGA